UCUCUUUGAAAGUGAAGAGGAUCAAGAGAUUCCUUUUCGCCGAUUAGCGUGAGCGUCGUCCAAUAAGAAAACCUCUGACCUACUUAAUUCUUUUAUUUUGUCUGAGUUGUUUCUCAAUGUUCCGAUGUUGCUGCAGGAAGGUUGUUUAUCGUGAUUUUCAUUUGCAAUCGAUUUUCGGCACUAGUUUAUGUUGUUGGUACUCGCUACUUCUUGACGCAAGAACAUGUAGCUCCGCAGAAGUGGUAGAUUUGGUGCAUGAUCGUGUUAGAAAUGGCAAUUCAAUUGCUGGGUACCAAGCUUUUGACGGUUUGUCUGAAAGAAAUAGGCCUUCAUUGCGUGCCAUUAUCUCCAAUUUCGUUAAACAGGACAGACUAGAUGAUGCCAAGCGUGUUUUCGAUACAAUUGCCACCCCGGAUGUUUUUGUCUCCACGAUCAUGAUUGUGGGCUUGUCAAGGAUCGGCAAGUUGAACGAGGCACGUAAAAUUUUUGAUGGAAUGCCCAGCCGUGAUGUUGCUAGUUGGAAUGCGAUGAUAUCCGGAUAUUUGAGAUGCCAAAAUCUUGACCUUGCUUAUCAACUGUUUGAAGAGAUGCCUGAGAGAAAUGUAGUCUCUUGGACUACCAUAGUUGCAGGCCUAGCUCAGGCACGCCGGAUUGAAUUAGCAAAUAAGCUGUUUAGGAAAAUGCCGUGUAAAGAUGCAGCUGCAUGGAAUGCCAUGAUUGAUGGAUACUGCAGAAAUGGGAGAGUGGAGGAUGCCUUAAAAUUGUUCAGGGAGAUGCCGAAUCCAAACGCAAUUUCAUGGACUUGCAUGAUCGGUGGGCUCGAUCAAAUUGGGAGGAGCGACGAGGCAUUGUCCUUCUUUAUGAAAAUGUUGGAUUCUGGAGUUCUGCCUACCUCAAGCACCUUUGUUUGUGUUCUUAGCGCAUGUUCUAGUCUAUCAGCUUUAUGCCAAGGGACUCAAAUUCAUUGCCAUUUGAUAAAAACAGGGUAUAUCUCUGACGCUUUCAUCUCCGCAGCAUUUGUUACUCUUUAUGCAGAGUGCAAGAAUAUGAGAAACUCAGCACAAGUGUUCUCUGAAAUUUCUCCGAAAUCUGUUGUUUCGUGGACAGCCCUGCUGAGUGGUUACGGUCAGAAUGAUCAGCAUGAAGAUGCCCUUGCUGUGUUCUGUGCUAUGAUGAACAAUAGCGUGAUGCCAAACCAGUCAACGUUCACCAGUGCUUUGAACUCAUGUAGUGCUUUAGAGGCCUUAGACAGAGGGAAAGAAACACACGCUCUUACCAUUAAGAUGGGUUUGGAUUUUGAUGUAUUUGUGGGCAACAGUCUCACUGUAAUGUAUUCUAAAUGUGGUGAUAUGGAGGACGCCAUAACUGCAUUCAAUCACAUAAAAGACAGGAAUAUUGUUUCGUGGAAUUCGAUUAUAGUAGGAUGUGCACAGCAUGGAAAUGGUGUUCUUGCACUCAAAUUUUUUGAUCAAAUGGAGCAGUCAGGUGAAAAACCAGACGAGAUUACAUUCAUUGGGAUAUUAACAGCAUGUAGCCAUGCUAGAUUACUAACAAAGGGGCGCUAUUAUUUUGAAAUGUUGAAGCAUGAUCCUACCAUUUCUGUCCAGCUCGAACACUACGUAUGUAUGGUGGACAUCUUGGGACGGUCCGGAGAGUUGGAAAGGGCAGAAGAAUUCAUCAAAAAGAUGCCUAUAAAAGAAAAGGCUAUGGUGUGGCUUGCUCUGUUGAGCGCUUGCAGAGUGCAUUCAAAUUUGGAAGUAGGAAGAAGAGCUGCUGAAGCUGUAUUUGAGUUGGAACCUCUUAGUAGCGCAGCAUAUGUUUUACUCUCUAAUAUAUAUGCUGCCGCAGGUAAAUGGAGCGAUGCUGCAACAACCAGGGUGAUGAUGAAACAGAGAGCAAUAAGAAAAGUUCCAGGAUGCAGCUGGAUCACUAUCAAGAAUAAAACCCAUAAAUUCAUAGCUCGAGAUGCUUCACAUCUAAUGAGCAAGGAAAUACAUGAAAAGCUGGACUGGUUGAGUGGCAAACUGAUUGAGUUUGGCUACAUUCCUGAUAAAAGCUUUGCAUUGCAUGACGUCGACGAUGAGCAGAAAGAGGCAAGUCUGUCUUUUCACAGUGAAAGGCUGGCUAUGGCCUUCGGGCUUAUUAGUACCGUGGAAGGGAGUACUAUCCGUGUGAUGAAGAACCUUCGUGUUUGUGGCGAUUGCCACACUGUAAUAAAGCUCGUCUCUAAGAUCGUACACAGAGAGAUCAUAGUUAGAGAUGCAAGCCGAUUCCACCACUUCAGGGACGGCGUUUGUUCUUGCAGUGAUUAUUGGUAACACUAAUUGUUGAAAUCUGUUGUUCCCCAUUAGGGCCAACUGGUUCAAGAUUUGCAGUUCAAUGUUGUCCUGAAUUCCAGUUAUAGCAAUUAGCGAGGACUGCUGCCGAGCUCAGCACCAAGGCUGGAAUGGCUUCUCACACCUGAGGGUUGUCUUUGUGCCUCCAAGUUGCACCGCGGUCACAAUUUUGGACACGGUAGAGUGGAUUGAUGAUGCCAUUUUCAUUUUUGUGAAAAUUUGGAGGACGGGAUCAAAUUUUUUAUCAUGCAGAGGAUUACAAGAUCUACGGAAGAUAAGAAGGCUUGCCAACUGAACCGAAUAUUGUAACGCCCCAAAUGUUUAGUCCUAUAUUGAAGAUUGUGAGGAAUCUUCAAGGGUUUAUAAAAGGAGUCAUUAUAAAAGGAGUAAUGACUAUAAAUGGUUGUCUUGGUUCCUAACCUUCUUGGGGUUGCAGUGGAAAAUGUUAGUUUUGGUGCUGUAACGUUCAACCGUGCAAUGUUAGUUUUGGUGCUGUAACGUUCAACCGUGCUUGAAAGGUCUCUCACCCUAAACCAUUCGAGUUAACGAUGCCUCCUCCAAGCAUGUCACAGCAAACCAGGUCUGCAAGUAUGUAUCCUUGUUCUUGCACAUCUUGGCACCAUUGGCUCCUUUGGAUUAAAGGGUCUAAGGUGGUGUGAGCACAACUGAUGUGGCAUGAGCUUCAUUCAUACCAAGAUGUGCCGAGCCAAAUAGUUGGCGAAGGUGGUUCCUACAGGCGGUAUCCUCUGGCCCGUGUUUAGCCUUUGCUAGGCAUGCUUGGCAGGAAAAUUGGUUGAUUUUAUGGAGAGUCACCGAACAAGCAGCCAACUUCCAAAAGGUGAUUGCUGAACAACCAGAAAACAGCAGAAGGUUGUCGCAGUCUAUGGGGACUCGGGCGUAAUCCGAUUGAAACUCUAAAUCAGGAGGAAUAUGGCACAUCAUCUACGACGAAAAGUUUAGCAUCUGGUUUGUUAGAUUGAUGCGUCUAAUUCGUUUUGGCCACUUAGUGUUGGAUGCCCGAGCAAUGAUUCAGAUACAUGAUCGCCUUUGACCGGUGCAAUAUCUGAACUCGGAUUCCCAAGAAAAGCACCAAAUUAUUCGAGAACGGCCACUUUAUUGCCAACAGAACCACCGGGGCGUUGUUUUGGCGUAAAGACCUUCAAGUUGAAGUCUCGCCGAUAGAACCCACAUGGUUAGUCCUGCGUACUCGAAACCUUUAAGUUGUGUGCAUCACUUGGGACAAUCUGAUUGUGGUCGGCCUAAAGAUUGCAACUCCGGAAAGCUUUCCAGCUUUUACAAGGUCGCGUUGAUUUAACCGCGACUAUAAAAAUAUUCUCCUAGUGCUAUAAUCAUUUGCGCGAUAAAGUACUACUAAUUUGCAUCAAAUGAUCAGCAACGAAAGAGACGACCACUUAAUGGCUCCGUCCAAUGAAAGGUAAACAUUGGGUGAGCUCCAACACCAUGCUUUAGGAGGACAUCCUGAGAAAACUCGGGGUGCAAAUCGCAGCAUUAAUGGUUGAUCCAUCGGGGGAUUAUCCCCCAGGACAAGUAAUAUAAUCCUUAGAACUUCGGUCGUGCACCAGAUCUCCUCUCUUCUUGCUGCCUCGAUUUAUUUAUUGGUUUACAGUUGCAAUAUGAGACCUAGACUUAUAAAACACCAGCAUGCUGCUCAGCCGUAUAAGAUUAAUGACACAUAUGGAGCACAGGAUCAGAGCUACCUAAGCAUGUACCAUUAUUUUCUAUUGAUGGUGACAUGAUAUCCCUUUUUUGCAACAAUCGGUCAACUCUAAGCAACGUAUUGGACAGGCAAGGACAUAAUUUCACGGACCAAAGAUUUUCCACUCCAGAAGAAAAUUCUCCUGCUGAAGAUGGAUCAACGAUGCCUAGAUUUCAUUCCAGUUGACUGCUGAUUGCAAGUCGAACCUUUUCUUUUUCUUUCAGUAAAUUCACUGCCAACUUUAAUGCCCAAUUGGUAAUGUGGAGUCCUCAGCUUCAUAGUAGGUUAGUAGCAUCCAUUUUUCU